CCUGCAGCAGCGUGAAGAGGGGAACUUUUUGGCUGUGCCACGGUAGGAAGUGACGUAACCUCCAGUUUCCGGUCCGCCGGAUUAUGAAUGACGGCCGACGCCGCUGUUUCCAAGAUACCGUGCCUGUUGUUUCUUUCCCGGCCUUUCUGGCAGCCAGAGGUCGGUGGGCGAAGACUCGCAGAAGCUGCCUCGGAAACCUGGCUCGAGCGGGGUGACCCAAUGAAAGAAGAAAAUGAAAGGCAUUAAGAAAAGUCUUACAGAAGAACACCUAUACUUGGACUUUUCUCACCAAAUAGAAGGAUGCAUCUGUCCUCUUCAUACAUCUGUAACUUUGUUUCUAUUAUCAUACUGUGACUGCAAAAUCUUUAAAGUUUGCUUAGUCCCCACUGGAGAAAAUACAGAUAUUUCAUUAAAAGAUGUAGUGCCCCAGGAUGUUGAAGUACAAAUUAUUUCAAGGCAAGAGCUUCCUCCAAUAGUCCAGAAUUGCUGUUUACCUGCAAUAGUAGAAAAACCAGAAAAUUUCUGUAGAGCAGGACUUGCUGUUGUACUGAGACACAUAAUCCAGAGAUCAUAUGAAGCUGACACCUCCAAGAAGGAAAUUUUGGAACUUUUGGGUUUUAAGAAGACUUGCUUGAAAGCCUGUGCUGAAGUUAGUCAGUGGACCAGGCUAUGCGAACUCACCAUCCCUUUAGCUAUUGAGAAUUUUCUUAGAGAAUCUUCUGACCAGCACCCAUCUAUCCCUGCAGAAAUACUACAGUUAGAGAAGAAGCUUAGUGAGCCUGUUAGAGUGCAUAAUGAUGACAAACUCCGUAGGCAGAAGCUGAAGCAACAGAAGGCUGCUGGGGUCGGGCCUCCCCUUGCUAAGGAAAAAGCAAUGGGCAAGGUGCAUAGACAAGAAACAUCUCAAGAGUUGGACUCUACAUCUGAGAACCUGGAACUGAAAGUUGCAUUCUCAAAGCUCACAGUACAGGAAGAACCAGCUGCCACCAACAGGGAGCCUCCUCACAUCAGAAAAGCAAAAGCCUCUGACCUCCCACCUCUGGAGCAUGUGUUUGCGGAGGGCCUCUACUUCACUUUGGCAGAUAUCGUACUCUUGCCUUGUAUCCAUCAUUUUUUGGUAAUUAUCUGCAAGAAAGUUUCUGAAAAGCUGAUAGAAUUUCCACUGUUGGCUGCUUGGUACCAGAGGAUUCAGGAAGUGCCAAGAGUAAAAACAGCAGCUUCUCAGUGUGGAAUCCAAUUUCUCCGUUUACCAGAGUUGCUGACCACCUCAAACGAACAAGAUUCGAACUUAAGUGAGGUCGCAGAUGUAGAGGAACAAAAUGAUGCUUCAUUUAUAGGAGGACCAAGGCCCACUAUGACCAAGUUAAUGGAAAAAGGCAUUGAAGUGAUGUUUUCCCCCCACCCUUGCCCUACUUGGACCCUUGAUUGGAAUAGUCUUCCUGCAGCAGUGAGCCCUAAGGAAGGUAAAAUGUCCAGUGAUCGGGCUCUGAGGAAGCAGCAGCAGUUAAACAACCUUGUUUACAUCGUGACAAAUCAGGCCAAACCUGGUGACAGAAUUGUGGAUUUCUGCAGCGGCGGGGGCCAUGUUGGGAUUGUCCUUGCUCACAUGCUGCCAUUAUGCCAGGUUACAUUAAUAGAAAACAAGGAAUUGUCAUUAAUUCGUGCUAAGAAGAGAAGUGAUGAACUAGGUUUAAGCAACAUUUGGUUCAUUCAAGCAAAUAUGGAGUAUUUUACAGGGAUGUUUAAUAUUGGGGUGGCACUGCAUGCUUGCGGAGUGGCCACAGACAUGGUGAUUGAGCACUGCAUCAAAACGCGGGCUUCCUUUGUCACCUGCCCUUGCUGUUACGGUUUCAUUCAGAACACCUCAAAGUUUCAUUUUCCCAAAAGUGAACAAUUCAAGAAAACUUUAUCAUAUAAGGAACACAUGAUUCUGUGCAGAUUUGCGGAUCAGACAGCUGUGCAGCUUCCGCCCCAACGAAGACUCAUAGGAAAACAGUGCAUGUGCCUAGUGGAUCUGGAUCGAGCAAGGGCUGCAGAAGAACGUGGUUACUGCGUUCAAGUAAUAUCCAUGGAGCCGGAGAGCUGCUCUCCCAAAAAUAAUAUGAUCGUGGGAGUCCCCAUUUAGAAGGAGAUAUUCACUUUUGAUGGUUUUGCCAUCCAUCUUCAUGAUGAAAGCCCAGUGGCAUUUAGGAAGUUCUUGGCAUAACCAGACAACAGCAUUAGCCAUCUUGAACUUAUUGUGCUCAGGAAGGAAAGCAGCAGGAAAAUCGCGGGAACAAAGGCUGCCUGCAAAGCAUCACAAAUACUCUUAUAAUGUAUGAUUAAAGGACCGCUGGUUUUCAUAGUGAGAAUUCCCCGAAGUCUCAGCUGCCAACAGAAUAAUUCUCACCAGUGGAGCGUCCAUCACUGGAAUAACAAUUUCCUUCUCAGUUCACAGCUUUUCUGCUCUUGCCAAUUUGAUGUUCAAUUCCAAACAGUGAAUUGAAGCCUUAGUAAUCAUUGCAGCCUAUAUGAUCAUUUAGAUAUUCAUAUGGAGACCAAAACUAGACUCAGUGGGGUU